UUGGCAGCGCCUCUGUCCGUUGAAUCGGUAACCGCGCGAGUAAACAGUGACGAUCGGCGAACCGUACAUUACAUUCAUACAUACGAAUACGCAUGUGUGUCAUACCUGCCUCUGCGCACAUUCGACAAUUUGAAGUGGGAGUUUAGAAUUUUAGAACGAGUGAAACCUGCAGGCACGUGUCACUUGGGGGGGAAAAAAACUUUCCAAUAGCCAAAGGUACGACUUUACGACUUAGGAUAAUUUGGAGAUACACAAUUAAGAUCUACGCACCGUUGCUGGCAGUAUAUGAUAUAAUAACCGACGACAUUAUGUCUGCAACGAGGAUUUGAUGAUCAGGAGAAAACUACAUCACCCGGUGGAAUUCCGUCGUGCAUUGUAAUAAAUAAUAUACAGUGACAAAAAAAAAGGGAACUAAGAAAUUUCUUAGUCGGUGCCCUGCCUCGCGUCUCGUCAGUUGCUCCCGCGACUCCAGCUUGAUAACAAGUCUGCUGUUGUUGGUCGCUACGCACGAGGAGCGAUAUUAUAAUAGAGUUUCGAAACACGUCGACACCUGGGUUACGACGUCAUUUUUUCAACUCUUCCAUAAACAUACCAUCGAGAAUCAUGGUCGCGUUGGUAUCGACACUGAAAGCUGCGCCGUCGUUCUACAAUUUUGCCGUAAUUGCGGUGCGAAAAUUGUCAACAAAAAUGCAGUUGAAUCCGAAGGAGGACUCAAGGGAAAUAUUGAUCAAGUACCUCGAUGGCAAAGACACCGGUAUUGCUGUCCUUGGAUUAAAUCGUCCAGAGAACAGGAAUGCGUUUGGAAAGAAUCUAGUCACCCAAUUCUACGAUUCGUUGGCUACUAUUAGAGAGGACAGCAACGUCAGGACGGUGAUAAUACGGAGCAUGGUACCGAAGGUGUUUUGCGCUGGUGCAGACCUAAGGGAAAGAGCUCAGAUGCAACCCCAAGAGGUGACGGACUUCGUGACUUCGCUGCGUAAGCUCAUGAAUACCGUCGAGUCCCUGCCGACUCCUGUGAUAUCUGCAAUCGAUGGCGUUGCCCUUGGCGGAGGCCUGGAGCUGGCGUUAGCAUGUGAUAUUAGAACAGCAGCUAACGAGGCAAAAAUGGGUCUUGUAGAGACAAAAUUGGCCAUUAUUCCUGGUGCUGGGGGAACACAGAGACUCCCUAGGAUAGUCGGCCCUGCCGUAGCAAAGGAGCUCAUUUUCACUGGGAAAAUUCUUGACGGAGAAGAGGCACAUCAGAUUGGGAUUGUGAACCAUGUCGUACCCCAGAAUAUGGAUGGAGAUGCUGCUUAUCAGGCUGCUCUUUCUAUCGCCAGGGAAAUUCUGCCUAACGGACCAAUCGGCGUUAGGUUAGCCAAAGUAGCAAUAAGUCAAGGUGUUGAAGUUCCACUGGAAGACGGAUUCGAGAUAGAGAAGAAGUGCUACACGCAGCUUUUGGAAACGGAAGAUCGUUUAGAAGGGCUUGCUGCAUUUAAGGCGAAGCGUGUUCCAGUCUACAAAGGCAUCUGAUUCUGAUUAUUGUUUUACACUUUUACUAAGCUGAGAUACGCUCUGUGCUGAUAACGUGAGUUUUUAUCAGUAGUCUUGCUUACUCGUCCUCGUUACAAUAAUCAUAUUACGAAAAAUAGCAGUUUUUCAUUUACAAAAAUUCAGUUCUACAACCCUAGCACUAGCGGGCCAUUGAAAGCAUGAAAAUGAAGUCACGAAACAGGGAAUAAUCACUCCUGUUAUCAGAAGUAAUCUGUCAGUGAUACGAACUCGUACCAGGCAUUUGUGCUAACUUAAUUGGAAAGAUAAAUGACUAAUCCAAAUAUGGGCUACGGUAAUCAGUUACCAGUGAUUUUUUCAUGUUUAUAAGUGCGUAUUUGCUUGAGCAAGUUAAAAAAAGAAAGUUAUUGAGUCUUCCAAUUGCAUAUUUAACGGCUGGAUAAUAAUCAGUACAGCAGCCAUCAAAGUUGAUUAUAUUUUAUUAUAUAUUGUUAUAAAUAUCAAGUAUAACUUGAAAUAUUUUAUACGAUGUUAAACAGAAAAAUUGAAAAAGUAUAUAUACCUAUAAUUAUUUUAAUUUAAAUCUUAGAAUUCACAGAAUUAAUCGCAAUAUGUUUCUAAGUUUUAGAGAUCUCUUAUAUCUCUCUAUAUAAUCUUAAAUUUUAUAAAGUUUUUUUGUUCUUUUCGUCUUUCAUUGUAAUCUUUGCUCACCUUAAAAUUUCCCUGUUAAAGAAUGAAAAUUGUUGCAUUUGACUCUUGUUUUGUAUCUAAAAGUUGAAGUUUAUCUGUCCGCAUGUGAUAUGCAACCGAUUAUCAGCAUGAUUCAAUGUAGCGAUAAUAACAGUUCUCUUUUGUAAUACUUUUUUACAGGCAAGAAAAACACUACGUAAGAUAACAUUUGAUACAAAUCCAAUGCAAUUACAGUUCAAAAUAAACCAUUCGUCACUAUUGUCCAGUACAUUAUCAACUUAACGCAAAUAUUUACACUGCUAUAUUAUCAUGUCUCUUUGCAGUGUAGGAGCAAUGACAACAGGACUUUAACGUGAGCAAAGAAAGUAUAAUUCAUUAAAUAAUAAGUAAUUUAGCUUGUCAUGUUUGGAGCUUAUAUGUUUCAAAACUUAAUAAGCAUAACGGAAUGAGGGACAGGGGCAUUUUUUGAUACGUUCUUAGGAUUAUCUAUCAUAUCAAAACCGCUAUUGUUGGAGCAUGUUAAAUUUGUGUAUUUUUAUAACAUAUUGUACACCAUCUCUAGAAGAGAAGUUUUUAUUAUCAGACACUGCAGAUGAGUGAAGUCAUAAGGUAUAGUAUAUAUAUGUGUAUACUAUACUAUAUAUAUGUAUAUAUAUAUAAUAUAUACAUAUAUUCUUUCUAAGGAAUUAAAUAUUUUAUUGUACAUAUUUUUACACGUAAUAUACGUAUACCUAUAAUGACACUGUUCAAUAAUGAUAAUAAAUUAAUUAAUUGAAAAUGAUGAGCAAACUUGUUUUGGCGAUUGCGAUUUUUAUUACAAUACUUGCGAACAAUACAAUGUAUAUGUGUAAUUCACCACAGUAACAAUACAUCCAGAAGAGCUGCACUUCCUUACUCAAUAGUAUUCAUACGUAUUGGUUAGAAUAACUAUGAAACUUCAAUUACUUGCUUGAGGCACAUAUUCAUUUUGACUGUUACUAACGAGUUUUUCUAUUUCUAGGAUUUGCACAUUAUGGAUGCUUUCGUUCGUGUCACUACAUUGUAAGACAAAACACCUAGAAGGAACAACUAAGGGUAUGUUUCAACAACAGAAUAUUCGUCAAGUACUGCAAUCUUUUAUCAAGUACAUUCAAAUCUUUUAUUUUCUACCCGUGAGCUCAUUUAUAGUUUCUGUACAUUAUACAUAUAAAUAUUUUACAAACUUCAUAACUGCGUAAUGGAGUCAAUUUGAAUCAGAACAAAGUUAUACAUCAUUAAAUCUAUUUUAAAAUGAUUAAAUUACAACACGUUGUAUUUACAUACCUACAUAUUUUCAAACAUUACGAUUACACCCUUGAAAUAUUGAAAUAUCGUUACAAUCAAUUUCCACUAGGAAUUUGAAACCACACUUAGAUUGAAACUCGUUAAAGACAUUGCAUUGGAACAGGAAGCUGACCCUUGGACUGUUUUUCCUUCACAAGAGCCAUCAACAUCUUGACCUGCCUGAUGGUAUCCUCAGGACUAGUGACUCGAUGACCAAUUGUAAGAUCACUCUCAUAAAUUUCAUGGUCGUUGCCACCCGCUUCAGUUUUGUCACCGAAGAAAUGAAUCUCCUCAUAUCCCUCAAUGUACUUCAAACAGUAAGUCUUAUCCCA